ACAAAUACCAAAACACGCACACAACGCAAUAGCAGAAGCACAACAACAUCAACCGAAAACCGACUGACCUGACCGGCUUAUAAAGUGAAAACGUCAAACACAACGCAACGACAGGCUCACACUCAUACAGAUUAAAAUAUCGUGUGAGCAAGCACGCUUUGUGCUUUUAGUUGUGGUCGUGGUGUUGUAUUCUGUGGGGAAAAGGCAAGCGUUAGUCAGUUAUUUAUUGGCCUGAUCGUGGCAUAUUCAAUUCAUUCGCUUGCUUGCGCUGUGCUAUACACAAUACGUUCACACAUUUGUGUUCAGUAAAUUGUGUUUUAAGGAAAGCGGAUACGGAUACGUGGGUUUUUUAUUAACCGUAAACGGAUUAUUUAAACGAAGUGUUUCUGAACAUGGCUGUUAUCCUUUUAAUGGCUAUUGCCGUCCUGUUAGCCUUCUGUUGCAAUUUUAACUUAAGGAACUUUAACCGAAACUAUAUUAAACCAUUGAUGAAUGAAACCGAAAAAUUAACUAAAUAUUGCAAUGAGUCGGAAGAUCCGCUGAACCUUGAAAUGGAUUGUUAUCACGCUCGAAAAAUAAGACUGAAAUGCGUUUGGGAUAUACCUGGACCGAAACGGUUGCCAUUUCUUGGUACAAAAUGGAUAUUUAUGAUAUAUUUUUGGAAAUACAAGCUCUCAAAAUUGCACGACGUUUACAAAGCUGUCUUUCUCUUAGAUUUAAAUCGUAUAUAUGGUGAUAUCGUAUUGGAGGUAACCCCAUCGGGUAUGCCGAUAGUUCAUUUAUUUAAUAAAUCAGAUUUGGAAAAGGUUUUAAAGUAUCCCAGCAAAUAUCCGUUUAGACCGCCAACUGAAAUUGUGGUCACCUAUAGACGUUCUAAGCCCGAUCGUUAUGCCAGCGUAGGCAUAGUUAAUGAGCAGGGCCCAAUUUGGCAGAAGUUGCGUACAUCUUUAACGGCCUCAAUAACAUCGCCCCGAGUCUUGCAAAACUUUCUACCUGCCCUCAAUUGUGUGUGUGAUGAUUUUCUAGAUUUACUUAGAAAUCGUAGAGAUCCUCGGACAUUUGAGGUGAAUAAUUUUGAAGAUAUUGCAAACUUGUUGGGCCUGGAAGCUGUCUGUCUCUUAAUGUUGGGCCGAAGAAUGGGCUUUUUAUCAACGAAAUCGGAACAACCCGAAAAAAUCAGACAAUUAGCAGCAGCAGUUAAACAGCUAUUUAUCUCCCAGCGUGACUCCUAUUACGGUCUUGGGCUUUGGAAGUACUUGCCAACGAAAACCUAUCGAGAAUUCGCGAAAGCUGAAGAAGUUAUUUACGAUGUGAUCUCGGAAAUGAUGGAACAAACUUUGGCAACGAGUGAAGCUAACUACCAUACAAUGCAUCAUGACGACGAAGACCAAGAUUUGCGCAGUAUAUUCCUCAACAUUUUAGCAUUAGAGGAAUUGGAUAUACGAGAUAAGAAAUCGGCUAUCAUUGAUUUCAUAGCGGCAGGUAUAGAGACGUUGGCUCAUACUCUGUUAUUCGUUCUGAGUUCAGUGACCAGUGAUAAGCAAUCAAUUGAGAAAAUAUUACAAGAAUUUAUAGACUACCGAGAUAGCAUUAUCUUACAAGAUGCGUUUACGCGAGCUACUUAUACUAAAGCUUGUAUACAAGAAGCAUACCGCAUUAGGCCAACUGCCUUCUGUUUGGCCAGAAUAUUGGAAGAAGACAUGCAACUAUCAGGUUAUAAUCUUAAAGCGGGGACAGUCGUCCUGUGCGAGAACAUGCUAGCUUGCCAAAAGGAUAACAAUUUCCCAGCGGCUCUGAACUUCCAACCGGAACGCUGGAUCGAUAAAGAUGGUAAAUUCGGGGUAAAUAUUGAAAGUGCAAAUCUGGUGGUACCUUUUGGCAUAGGCAAACGCACUUGCCCUGGCAAACGAUUCGUCGAAAUGGAAAUUGUUCUACUUUUAGCGAAGUUGAUUUUAGCUUUUGACAUCAGUUUUGUCGAACCUUUAGAAACGGAGUUUGAAUUUUUAUUAGCGCCUAAAGCGCCUUUAAGUUUGAUCAUUCGUGAUCGGGUAUUUUAAAAAACCCACCAACAAAACCACCAUCACCAUCGCCAACACCACACUACUACUUACUACUUUACUACUAAAGAUAAAAGUAUUUCCUUUGUAAGCCAUACCACUGCUAUUCUAACCAACCGGAAAGAGUUGCCAAACUUCUCUGUGUCUAUUGGAUUUCUUUGGACAAGAAAUAUUAUUGAUUUAAAUUAAUUUAAUGAAUAAUAACCACAACUUUAGCUUAAAUUGCAUAACUUUUUUUUAU